AUGUUUUUGUAUAAUUUAGUAUCAAAAAUUGUUCAUUUAUACAAAUUAAUUCGUUUAUUAAUAAAAUCUUUAAUAGAAUUGAAUAUUUUUAAUAAAUAUUCACAAGAUGAACAUGCACAAAAGAAUGGAAGAUUAUCAACAAAACUUUAUUUUCUCAUUUUAAUUCUUUGUUUAUUUAUUUUUGGAAUAUAUUUAUCAUUAGAAAAACAAACACAUAGAAAAUUAGUUUUAAAUCCAACAAAAAUUCAAUAUGAAACUUUACAAAAUGAAUCCUUUGAUGAAUUUCAAUGUCCAUGUAAUCAUAUCUCAAUAAAAUAUGGAGAUUUUCUUCAAUUUCAUCCGACAUAUCAUGAAUUAUGUUCAAGUAUAUUUGCCUCAAAUCUUUGGUAUAAUGCUUAUGUAAUUUGGAAUAUCACAAAUUCAUGUUAUUAUCCAUCGUUUCAAAAUUUAGCUUCUUUUUAUUUUUCACUUUUAUUAACAUUUUGUCAAUCGGCAAAUGAAACUAUUUCGAAUAGUUUAACACAAUUUUAUGCAUUGGAAUAUAUCACAUCUAAUGUUAUUCAAGAAAUUCAAUUUAAUUAUGAAAUUAUGUCAUUGAUCGAAUCAUUUCAAGUUCAAUUACAAAAUUUAUUUCGACAACAAUGGAAUUUAUUACAAAGUGUCUUAGCAAAUAAUCAAAUUAUCAGUGUACGAAAAACAAAUUUUAUUUUAAAUGGAAAAAUGAUGAAUCAAACAGUUGUUCCUUAUUCAUAUAUAAAACAAUAUGAAAAUUGUACUUGUGGAACAAAUUCACUUUGUUAUGAAACACUUGGAUUUUGUAUUCCAAGUCGACGUGAUUAUAUCAAAGGAAUGCGUGUUGGUUGUUAUAUGGUUGAAUCUUUAUUUUUAUCAACAACUGAAUGUUUUUAUGAUGAACACUGUCUUGAUAUUAUUAAAUCAUAUAUGAGAAUUUCAGCUCCAAUCUAUUCGAAAUUAAAUAUUUUAAAUAAAACUUUGCCAAGUCAAUAUAAAACAAAUGAUUCAAUUGAAAAAAUCCUGAAAAAUCUUUUUAUUGAACAAUGGAAUGAAUUUUAUUCGUAUGAAAUGUAUUUUAAUCAAUGUCAACCAUCGGUUUGUUCAUAUUUCAUUUCUCAAUCACCAAGUUUUAUUUCUACUUUUACAAAAUUAAUUGGAAUUUAUGGUGGUUUGAAUAUUCUUUUGAAAUUUUUUCUUCCAAAUCUCGUUUAUUUCAUUCGACGAAAGAAGAGACAACAAACAGGUAUUUCUUUUCUAUUAUGUUUUCACCAUGACAAUCAGUGA